UUUAAAAUUUUCCGCAGGUACCGUGCAGCAGGCAGCAGGUAGACUAUAACCAGUCGAACUGUGUAACCACUAUAUUUUAUUACUAUGUUUUUAGAAAGGGAAUAAAAUAUAUCAUUAAUCGCUUCAUAAUCUCAAAAGUUCCUGUCUGAACUUUACUAUUGUGUUUUAUUACUUGAAUCAAGACAAAUACCAAAAUGCCGAAGAAAUUCGCUGGUGAAAACAGUAAAGCUGUCGCUGCACGGCAACGAAAGGAAAAUGAAAAACAAGAGAAGGAACAAAAGAUGAAGAAAAUGAUGGAAGAUGCAGAAUGGGAGGAUAACGACGAGAAACUUAAGAAGAAACAACAGAAAAAGGAGGACCAGGAGAAGAAGCGUUUAGAACAGCUACAGAAAAAAGCAGAAGCAAAGGCUUUGCUGGAGAAAGAGAUGCAAUCAAUAAAGGCAGCUCCGAAGGCUGCCCCUCCACCCCCUAAGAUCACACGAGCACAGAUUGAAAGGAUGAAAGAGAAAACUAUUAAAGCAGAGCCUGUCAAACCAGUGCCAUCAAAAGUGGUUGUGGAAGAGCCUCCACUUGAGGAGAAUCUCAACAGGAUCCAUCUGGACGGAGAAGUGGCACAGACUGUUGAUGAAGCUAUUUCUAUACUCGGUGAAAAGUCAGAUACAGAUAGGCAUCCGGAAAAACGUCUGAAGGCAGCAUACACAGCAUUUGAAGAAGCUAAUUUACCAAUACUGAAGGCUGAGAACCCAACACUGAGACUGUCACAGCUCAAGCAGAUGCUGAGGAAGGAAUGGCUGAAGUCACCACAGAACCCAUUGAACAUGAAAGUGUGAAGUGUUCUAACAAUUUGAGAAAUUAAGAGAUCACCUGUUCAUUAUAAAUGCUUAAAUAAUAUUAAUUUGAUAAAUUAAUGAACUACGACAUUGUAUUGCAGGCAGUUCUGUAUCAAGUAGAUGAUUUUUGCAAUAUUUAAUUAACUACUUUCAUAAUUCAAUCUAGGAAAUGACACAAUUUGUUAAUGAUUACUAAUUUAUUUUGAAAAUGCAGUCUUACUCAGUAGGACAAAUUUUUGUACUAGAAUAACAAAGGCAUUGUAAAUACAUAAUAUAAAUUUGUAAAUUCA